CAGAUGCAAACGUAAAACGAAGAUGGCAACGCAGGACGGCGACGAUUCGCUCUAUCCGAUAGCUGUGUUGAUCGACGAGCUUAGAAACGACGAUCUCCAGUUACGACUCAACUCGAUCAAGAAGUUGUCAACCAUCGCUCUCGCUCUCGGCGAAGAACGGACUCGUAGCGAGCUUAUUCCAUUUCUGACUGACACCGUGGAUGAUGAAGACGAAGUGUUGUGGGCGCUGGCCGAGCAGCUUAGCAUCACGUUCCUGCCACUCGUUGGAGGAAAAGCGUUUGUGCAUGUGUUGCUGCCUCCAUUGGAGAGUCUUGCUAAUGUUGAAGAGACUGUAGUGAGAGACAAGGCCGUGGAGUCUUUGCGAUCACUGGCUGCCGAACAUUUGCCUACUGAUAUGGAACAUCAUUUCUUGCCAUUGGUAAAGAGGUUGGCUACAGGUGAUUGGUUUACUUCUCGAACAUCAGCUUGUGGUCUUUUCUCAGUCUGCUAUCCUCGAGUGAGUGAACCAUUGAAGGGGGAAUUGAUUCAACUAUUUCAUUCUCUCUGUCAUGAUGACACUCCAAUGGUGAGACGAGCUGCAGCAGGAAAACUUGGGGAGUUUGCCAAGGCAGUAGAACUUGAGAAAAUGCGUACUGAAAUGGUGUCACUCUACACAACACUAGCUGAUGACGAGCAGGAUUCUGUUCGUUUGCUUGCGGUUGAGGCAUGUGUUGCUGUUGCUGGCCUUUUACCACGUGCUGAUAUUGAGCCGCUUGCUAUGCCAACACUUAGACAGGCAAUACAAGACAAGUCAUGGAGAGUUCGUUACAUGGUUGCAGACAAGUUUACUGAGCUCCAGAAUGCAGUUGGACCCGAGAUUACUAAGAAUGAACUGGUAAAGGCUUUUAGGGACUUGCUGAGAGACCAGGAGGCUGAAGUAAAGACUGCUGCAGCUCUUAAACUAAAAGAGUUUUCAGAUGGUUUGCCGAAGGAUACAAGGGAAACUCUUAUAAUGACGAUGAUCAUUCCUUGUGUGAAGGACUUGGUGACUGACCCAAACACUCAUGUAAAGUCAGCUCUUGCAUCGAAGAUCAUGGGGUUGUCACCAAUUCUUGGGAAAGACAACACAAUUGAGCAUCUUUUGCCCUUGUUUUUAUUGCAGCUGAAGGAUGAAUGUCCUGAAGUUAGGCUGAACAUCAUUUCAAACUUGGAUUGUGUGAAUCAAGUGAUUGGUAUCAACCAGUUGUCUCAGACACUUCUUCCUGCAAUUGUUGAGUUGGCUGAAGAUAAUAAGUGGCGUGUGCGUUUGGCCAUCAUUGAAUACAUGCCUCUGUUGGCCAGUCAGCUGGGAAUGGAGCUGUUCAACGAGAGACUGAAUUCUUUGUGUAUGUCGUGGCUAAUGGACAGUGUGUAUGCGGUGAGGGAAGCUGCAAUAGUCAACUUGAAAAAGUUGGUAGAAAAGUUUGGUUCGGACUGGGCACAGACAACAAUUUUGCCACCAGUUCUUGGAUUGGCUCAGGAUCACAACUAUCUUCAUAGAUUGACUACUCUAUUCACAAUAAAUUUACUGGGAGAGGUUUGCUCAAAGGAUGUAGUACAUAAGAACUUGCUUCCGAUUGUUUUCAAUCUUGCCGAAGAUCAAGUUGCCAACGUUCGCUUUAAUGUUUGCAAGACACUCGUAAAGCUGUUUGGAGCAGCUCAAAUAGAUGGAGAGACCCUGAACACAAAAGUGAAGCCUAUUUUGGAGAAGCUGAAUCAAGACUCUGACUAUGACGUGCAGUAUUUUGCUGAGGAGGCACUUUCAUCUUUGGCUUGAGUAAUGGAUGGGUGCCUGUUUUUGUGUAAUGCUGGUUUGACUGCCUUGGACAAGUUAUGUAUGUUUGUGAGUGCACUGUAUUGUGGGGAUUUAUUAAUUAACAUUCUAGUAAAGAG